AUGACCACAAGUGGCGUGUGGUCGCCGAGCAAUGCAGGCUUUGAGAUGAAGCGCAAGACUUCGUUUUCCAUGUUGGACAACUCGGUUCGAAGGCCGAUGCCGGCAGCAGCGAAACCUGGUGGUGAGGAGAAGAUGGCGAAACUCUGGAAGUUGAUGGAGCAUUAUGAGCCGAACGAUCAAGACUCCAUCAAGAAGUCCUUCGCCCGACAUCUGGAGUAUUCUCUCGCCUGCACGCGAUUCAACUUCAGAAUGCAGGAUGCUUACCGCGCUGCUGGGUUUGCCCUCCGUGACCGCCUGGUUGAGUCCCUCAAUGACACAGAAGCACAUUACCGGGAGAAGGAUGUCAAAAGGGGCUACUACUUGUCUGCAGAGUACUUGAUCGGGCGGCAUAUGCAAAAUGCCAUUGCCAACCUGGAUCUUGAGCGACCUUUCCGGGAGGCGUUCAUGGAUCUGGGCAUCCAGCUGGAGGAGCUCCUCUCGCAGGAAGCAGAUCCGGCCUUGGGCAACGGUGGCCUGGGCCGUCUCGCCGCGUGCUUCUUGGACUCCAUGGCCACGAUGUCGCUUCCUUGCUGGGGCUACGGCAUCCGCUACAGCUACGGCAUGUUCAAGCAGCAGAUCGAGAACGGGCGCCAGGUGGAGCAGCCAGACUUUUGGAUUGGUGAUGGAUGCCCUUUCGAGAUCCCUCGUCCUGAUGUCACUUACCCAAUCCGCUUCUAUGGCCACGUGGAGGAAGCGGAGGUAAACGGCCAGAAGCUCUCGAGGUGGGUCGGUGGCGAGAUCGUGCAAGCAAUGGCCUAUGACAAUCCCAUCCCCGGCUUUGACACCUUCAACACGAACAACCUUCGGCUGUGGCGUGCUUGCCCGUCCAAGGAGUUCGACCUGGAUGCCUACAACAGUGCCCAGUUUUCCAACGCAAUCGACCAAAGGAGGAGGGCAGAGGAUUUAUCUGCUGUUCUUUACCCCGACGAUACCACCUACGAGGGAAAGGAGCUUCGGCUGCGCCAGCAGUACUUCUUCGUGAGUGCUUCACUCCAGGACGUGCUCCGGGACUUUAUCAAGCGGCCGAGCUACCAGUGGUCUGAGCUGCCCGAGAAGGUAGCCGUACAGAUGAACGACACCCAUCCAACCAUCGCUGUGGCGGAGAUGAUGCGCUUGCUGGUUGACGUGCAGCAGAUGGAUUGGUACGAAGCCUGGGACCUCACCAGGAAGUGCCUGAACUACACGAACCACACAGUCAUGCCCGAGGCUCUGGAGAAGUGGCCGGUGGAGAUGAUGGAGAGGAUUCUUCCCCGACAUGUGCAAAUCAUCGGAGAGAUUAACUGGGUCUGGAUCGGCCAGUUGAUAGAGAGGUACGGCGAUGGACCCAUCAUUCAGGCGCUGAGCAUAUUUGAGGAAGGUGAGACGAAGAAGAUCCGCAUGGGAAACCUUGCCAUUGUCGGGUCGAACAAGGUGAACGGUGUGGCUGCCAUCCACACCGAGAUCAUCAAGAAGGAGACAUUUCCCGAGUUUUAUUGCUGGUGCUGCGACAACGGCGAGCCGAACAAGAUAGUGAACAUGACGAACGGAGUCACCCCCCGUCGCUGGAUUCACUGUGCAAAUCCCGCGCUCAGCGGCAUCUUCACCAAGUAUCUGGGUUCCCAGAAGUGGCUCACAGACCUGACCCUUCUGAAGGAGAUGCUGCAGCACAAAGAGGACCCAAAGUUGCAUGCAGAGUGGAUGGCAAUGAAGCGCAGGUGCAAGGCGAAACUGGCAGACUGGCUGCAGGAGACAAUGGACCUCCAGAUUGACCAAGAGGCCCUCAUCGACAUCCAGAGCCAAGACAGCAAGAGGACUUUGCUGUCGCAACCUGGAAGGUGCGACGGCGUGUCGAUGCUUCGCAGUCAGUGCUAG